UUUUCCCUCUACUUCAGCCCGCCUCGAUUGUCCAGGAUGCACACCAUUAAGACAGUGGAGACCCAGGUGCCCUUUCUGAAAGAGAGUUUCUUCACCACCACUUUCAAAGGCCGAAGGAAGAGCAGUGUCACCAACCUCCUGCGUAAACAGCAGCACUCACUCCUCAAUCAACAGCACCAGCAACAACCCUGCAUUCUAGAGCAGCGGCAUCCGAAGCAGUUUCUCUCCCCUUCACCAGAGAACGAACAAGGGCAGCGCACUCCGGAGCGUAAGCGACUUGUUCGCUCGACCAGCAGCCCGUUAUGCAAGACAGCUGAGCGCGCGAGAGCAGAUGGGGAUAGAAAGGAGGAGCAAAGAGAGGGGAAGGAUCAGAGAGGCAGAGAGGAUGUGCAGGGUAAGGGGGGAGAGCGAGGAGUGAGUGGUAGCGAGCCCGCGGCUGUCGUUGCCGGUCCCCUCCUCCUUUCAUCAUCGGCUGAGCAGGGGGAGGCAGCGGCGGCAUCAUUCUCACAGCUGCACGGAUGUGUAGCGGGCAGACCGCAGGGAUUAGGAAGCUCUGUCGGGGCCGUGACCAACACAGCAGCCCGGGAGGAAGCCCGGCACGGCCAGCCUCGACCCCAGCAGCAUGGCCUGUUAGCCAAGGGGGUCCGCCUGCUCAGGAACAUGGGGAACCAGGAAGCAAAGCAGAAGAAAGGAGGAGGAAGUGGCGGAGCAGCAGGAGAUGCCUCUUGUGAUGCUGAUGAGAGGGAGGUGGACAGGAAAACCAAAAAGUCCCACAAUAAGAUAAGUAAAGGAGGAGGAGAACACGGAGGUCGGAAGAAGUCAAAGUCAGAUUCGAAGGGUUCUGUGUUUUCCGGCAUUAAAAUCAGGAAGAGUUUAUCGAAGGCGAAGGGGUUGUCUAAAGAUGACAUGUUGGAAGAUGGGGGGCCAGGCCGCUUUGGCAAAGCAGGGCCAAAGCCCUUUGCUGAGGCGAACUUAUCAGCUGAUGAGAUGCAUUCAGAUGUCGAGGGCGAUCUUGACGGUUUCACUGCAGACAUUCAACAGUUUAUUGGGGAUGAGAUUGGCCGAAAGGCAAGCUCUGGGUCGGACGCUGACCUCUACAGUUUUCACUCUGCAGCAGCGGAAAAUGAAGACCUGCUCUCUGACAUCCAGCAGACCAUAAGAGACCAAUGUGUGGCCGGGGACCAGCUGGAAAUGGUGACUGGCUUCUUAUCCCAAGUGUCAACAUUUGACAGGAACAAAGCCUCUGAGAAGGUAACGUCUCACCGGCGAUUUGAUCUGGAUGAGGACGUUUUCUCUGAAUGUGUACCUCAACAAGUAGACGAAGGGUGUAAGAACAUAGAGAAGGAGAGCUCUUCUUCUGGUCCAGGGUCCCCUGAAAGCGGCCCAACAUCUUCAGGCGCGGACAGUAGUGGGAGCCUUCUCCCAAAAACCAACAGCUCGUACAGCUUCCCUGACACCACAGCCACCAGCACCUCGUACGAAAGUGCAGAAGAACCCCAGGAUGACCCGGAGAGUCCUGUUCUGCCCCCACGGCGGCCUCAAGCCAAUCAGGCACCUGAGAGCAGAAGCACACGAGUGCCGAGUGUCCGCUUGGAUCCCAUGGAGGCGGGGCCGAUGCCGUCUCACAAGAGUGCUAGCAGCAUGGACCUGUCUCUGGAGCGGGAGGAUGAAGAGGAGACUGGGAGACGGGACUUCCUGUCCCUGAAAAGGAGGAAGAGUAGUUUGUCUAUUAGUCAGCUUACUACGGACUACCACCCAAGACGGACCUCCUCCACCACCUCGCCCUCGACUGUCAAACUCUACCCUCCGGUCCACCCCUCCUACGUUAAGACCACCACCAGGCAGCUCACUUCCCCCAUCGGCUCCCCUAUUACCAGCCCCAACGUGCCGAGAAAAAUAGAGGUCACUGUUGCGUCAGUCGAAUCUGCCCAGGGGUUUAGGAGGCACAAGCAGCGGUCUUGCUCCAUCGCUGGGCCCCCUGUUGAGUCUGCAGACUGGCUUACGGAGCUGGAGAAGCUAAGAGGGAGGCAGGGUGGCAGGGCCAAAUUUACAGAACCGGAAAUACCAGAGGGAGGUCACACGGGCGGGUUGUACUGGACACUGGGCACCAGGAGAGCACAUUAUGGACGGAAGACCUCCACCACCACAGCACCCUACCUGGAUGUCUUUUCUGGUCGCACUCUGUUGGACCGCUUGUGUAUGCAUGGAGGAGACGCGUCUGCAGAAAAGGAUGCGAAGGAACUAUGUCACCGAAUGUUGGUCCAGGGUCUGCUGCACCCCUUCAGUGACAGCACAGCCAAGCUCCAGGGACACAUCGAUGCCCCACCACUGUUUGAUGAGGAGCAGCUUUACACCUGGGCUUCCGUAGGCCUGCCUGUGUCUUCUCAUCUGUGGGAAGUCUAUGGGGGGCGAACGUCAGGCAGAGAACAAAGACUGAGAUCCCCUUUGCACCAAUCAUCAGCCAAAACACCAGGAGCCCUAAACUCUCAGACAGAAUCCAGCGGGGUGAAGUCGGGUCCGUCGUCCCCAGAGGAUGAAAGCUGCCUCAUCCCUCAGCUGGAGAGGACAGUCGACGACCUGCGCAUUCGGAUCGCCCUGUUGCAGGGCCAGCGGGCCUCCUUGGCAAAGGGAGGUCCGAGCUCUGCCCACCACAAGCCCUCACAGAUGAGAGGAGGGACACUGGGACGGACGAGCCACGAGGUGUCCGUCCAGACCUCACCUGUGGGGGAGGGGCUUGAGUUUGACGUGCCUUUCAUGGGGGGAUCCAGCGGCACGCCGUCCUCCGUUCCGUCCUCCGUUCCGUCCUCCAUCCCCAAAUCUCCAGAGAGCUUUGUCUGCACGUGCCAACGGAGGCAACAGAGCAGUGCCCAUCAAGCUCCCACACCCCCACCUCCACCACCACCUUUACCACCGCCUCCACCAGGAGGUGUUGCUCCUCCUCCUCCACCGCCACCGCCACCCCCGCCCUUCCCCGGUUUUGGACAAUGUCCACCACCGCCUCCUCCUCCUCCACCAGGUUUUGGACCUCCACCACCUCCACCCCCGCCCGGUUUCGGACCUCCUCCGCCGCCCCUUCCUCCUGGAAUGGGCCCCCCUCCUCCACCCCUGCCCCCGGGCUUUGGGCCUCCACCACCACCAGGCUCCAUGCCCACCAUGAUGGUGCAGGAAGCUGCCCCUGCCAAGGCUGCGAUAGAGCCCCCCAAGCCAAUGAAGCCCCUCUACUGGACACGGAUACAGCUGAUUGCUAAAAAGCCCACAAGCCCACUGGUGUGGGAGACUAUAGAAGAACCGAGUGUGGACUUUAAAGAAUUUGUGGAACUUUUCUCCAAAAGUGCUGUCAAAGAGAAGAAAAAGCCAAUUUCAGAUACAAUCAGCAAGUCCAAGGCCAAGCAGGUGGUGAAGCUCUUGAACAACAAGCGUUCUCAGGCUGUAGGAAUUCUGAUGUCCAGCAUUCAUCUUGAUAUGAAGGACAUCCAGAAUGCCGUCCUAAAUAUGGACAACGCAGUCGUUGAUCUGGAGACUCUGCAAGCUCUCUAUGAGAAUAGAGCUCAAAACGACGAGAUGGAUGGCAUUAAAAAGCAUAUUAAAUCAUCCAAAGACAAGGAGGAUGCCAAGCCACUGGACAAGCCUGAACAGUUUCUAUUCCAGUUAUCCCAAAUCCCCAACUUCUGUGAACGAGUGUUCUGCAUCCUGUUUCAGUCGACUUUCCACGAAUGUAUCACCUCAAUCGUCCGCAAAUUAGAAAUCCUUGAGAGAGUGUGCAAGACGCUGCAGAGCGGUACGUGUGUAUCGCAGGUGCUCGGCCUGGUGCUGGCUUUUGGUAACUUCAUGAACGGAGGUAAUCGGUCCCGAGGGCAGGCAGACGGCUUCACCUUGGACAUUCUGCCAAAACUGAAGGACGUCAAGAGCAGUGAUAACUCCCAGAGUCUUUUGUCCUACGUUGUUGCUUACUAUCUAAGGCACUUUGAUGAGGAUGCUGGCAGAGAGACGUGUGUCUACUCUUUACCCGAGCCCCAGGACCUUUUCCAGGCAUCCCAGAUGAAGUUUGAGGACUUUGAAAGAGAUCUCCGUAAGCUGAGGAAAGACCUCAAUGCAUGCUCAGCUCAGACGGAGAACGUUUGCAAGUUUUCCUCUGAAGACAUUCUGCAACCCUUUAAGGGCAAGAUGGAGGAAUUUCUUGGCCAAGCCACGACCGAACUGGAAACACAAGAGAAGCAGCUGGCAGACACUCAUAAGAUCUUCCUGGAGUUGAGCGUGUCGUUCUCUGUCAAACCCAAAGCAGGAGAGAAGGAGGUCUCUCCCAACACCUUCUUCUCCAUUUGGCACGAGUUUUCCACUGAUUUCAAAGACCAGUGGAAGAAGCAGAAUAAGCUGAUGUUACAGGAACGGGUCAAAUUGGCUGAAGAGUGCUUCAAACAGGCCAAGGAGAAGGCGUCCUACAAUGUGAAACCAAAACAUGCAACUGGAAUCGUACGUUCUUUGCACUUAUUACCACAGUUAUGGUUCCGCUGUCCUGCAGUUUGUUGAUGACGCUCAGAAAGCCAAACUGGGUCAGAAGAUCUGAAGCCGAGAAUGGAAAAUGAUCAUCACCCAGCCUAUUGCUCAAGCACUGUCUGCACAAUCUGACCUUAUUCAUUUUAACAGCGUUUAUCUGCUUCUGGUGUUUGUUUUCAAUCGAUUUAGACCUGUUGUUUAUUGUGAGCUUGUUCAAUGUGGUCAUUUUAUUGUUAAAAAGUGGAAUGAGGAAUUAACUCCUCCGCUACCUUUCAUAGCACUUGCAUAAUUAAAUGAAAUGUUGCCACUAAAAGCGAUCCUUAGAGUAUUAAAUGCUAGAAAAUACUUUUUACAAGCCAUAUGUAGCCUGUUUUCUUUUAGUGCAAUUCCAAAGCCUAUUUUAUAGAAAGAAAUGAGCACUUCCUCUUUAUACCUCCGUUAAUGGUGAACAGCACAUUUCUACACAGUCGGCAUGGAUCACUUGCCAGACUGAAAGUGCCUUAUCGCGCAGUGGAGGGGUCAAAACAGUGCUGUGGAUCGAAUUCUUACUUUUGUAGAUGUAUCACCUGAAAAUAAAUGUUAAAUGUUAAGAGAAAUCUGUUUUACAUAUGACAACUUUGAGAUUCGUAGUAGUUGGCUUUAGAACCUUGUGAUGACUGUAGCAGCUCCUAUAUUACAGUGACAUUCUUUUCAUCCAAAAAGGCCGUGCGUACCUAUUGGUGUGACCUGAUACAGACCUAAAAUGUUUUACUCAGCAGUGUCGUCAAAAUACUUAAUGUGAGGCAAAAAAAACAAUGCAGUGUGUAUCUGUUUGUGUAUGUGUGUGUGUGUGUGUGUGAACUCCAAUAUGCAAACGAGGCAAUAGGACCAUGUUAUGUGAUGUGCAGUACCAACAGUGUGUUGUGAUUGAAUACCUUUGUCAUAAAAAAAUAUAUUUAUUGAAUAAAAUAAAUGACAUACACUUU